CGCGCCCACCCCCACUUCCGGCGCGCGCGCCCCGAAACCGUCCUGCUCCGUAUCUGGGGUCGUCCCCGCAGCCUGCGGAGCGAAGGGAGCUCCCUGAAGAGCUGGAGUUCAGAAGGCAUCUCUUAGACACAGACCUCCAUCCCCUCCCUGCCUCAACUGGGCAGCCUUUUCAGACUGUCUCUGCCCAGAAUGUCAGGAAAGGCCACAGCCUUGGCCUCCCACGCUCCAAAAGAACAAGAAGGACUUAUAAUUGUGAAGGUUGAAGACGAGAAUUAUGUUUGGGGGCAGGACUUGGGCCUUCAGGGAAACGCCAGUAGCCAGGAGACCUUCCGCCAGCGGUUCAGGCAGUUGGGUUACUCUGACUCUGCUGGGCCCCGGGAGGCUCUGAGCCGGCUCCGGCAGCUUUGCCGUCAGUGGCUGAGGCCGGAGGUGCACACCAAGGAGCAGAUCCUGGAGCUGCUGGUGCUGGAGCAGUUCCUGGCCAUCCUGCCAGAGGAGCUGCAGGCCUGGCUGCGAGAUCACCGACCAGAGAAUGGAGAGGAAGCAGUGACUAUGCUGGAGGAGCUGGAGAAAGAGCUUGAUGAACCAAGGCAACAGGACACAGCUCAUGGCCAAGGAAUGUUCUGGAAGGAAAUGACAUCCAUGGGAGCACUGAAGUCUCUGAGUAGCCAGUUCCAGCCCUUGGAGAACCUGUGCAAGAGUGAGACUCAGGAGCCCCAGGCUUUCCACGAGAGAGAUGGCAAACUGGUGGCCGAAAAGGUAUUGACACCAAAGCAAGAAAUUAUUGAAUGUGUAGCAUCAGCAGCCAUGAUAUCCCCAGGAAGACUCCCUCCUUCAGGACAGAUAGUUGAAGAAGCUUUGGGAGGUCUGGGCAGCUUUGAGAAGCCACGAGGGAAUGCUACAAAGAACAAAGUGAGUCAGCUUCCUUCCCAGGACAGACAUUUUAGUCUUGCAACCUUCAACAAGGAAAUCUCGAAAGAACAGAGUGUCCUUGAAUGUAAUGACAGUGAAGGAAGUCUCAGUCUGAAUUCAAAUAUUAUUACACGACAGAGAAUUCACACUGGGGACAAGCUCUAUGAGUGCCUUGACUGUGGGAAAGCCUUUUGCCAGAGCUCAAAGCUGAUUAGACAUCAGAGAAUUCAUACUGGAGAGAGACCUUAUGCAUGUAAAGAAUGUGGCAAAGCCUUCAGUUUGAGCUCAGACCUUGGUAGACAUCAGAGAAUUCAUAGUGGUGAAAAACCCUAUGAAUGUUGUGACUGUGGAAAAGCUUUCAGAGGCAGCUCAGAGCUCAUUAGGCAUCGGAGAAUUCACACUGGAGAGAAACCUUAUGAAUGCAGUGAAUGUGGGAAAGCCUUCAGCCGGAGCUCAGCCCUUAUUCAGCAUAAGAAAAUUCACACUGGAGACAAAGGCUAUGAAUGUAUUGAAUGUGGUAAGGCUUUUGGUAGAAGCUCUAUUCUUAUUGAACAUCAAAGAAUUCACACUGGAGAGAAACCUUACGAAUGCAACGAAUGUGGAAAAUCCUUCAAUCAGAGCUCAGCCCUCACCCAGCACCAGAGAAUCCACACUGGGGAGAAGCCUUAUGAAUGUAGAGAAUGUGGGAAAACGUUUAGGCAUAGGUCAGGCCUUAUGCAGCAUCAGAGAACUCACACCAGAGUUUAACUCUGUGGGUAAGAAUUGUACAAUUGUGAAAUACUAGGAAUUCACUUUGAGGGUGAGUUUCCACAGAAGAUAGAAAUUUCCUGAGAGCAGAGUUCCUGUCCUUCCAGCCCAGUUCAGUACUGUAAGAGUAGAUCCACACAAAGAUGUUGUGGGACGGGCACCUUCACAGUAAAUCCAGGAUUGGGGCAGAGAUCCUGGAGGAGCUCCUUAUAAGGUAGAUUAAGAGGUGAUGCCUCCAAUGGCAAGGAUCCUGCCCAGAAAGAGUACUUGUGCAUUUGGCAAUUGGAGGCACAUGCUGAGAGUUAUUUAGUUGUCUAAAAUGUUCAAUUGUGAGGUUAUGAAAUGUUGAAUUAUGCCCUGGAUCAGUUUAGCAAGAUCUGGGGAAUGGUAGCUCAUUCGGCCCCUUGUCAGUUCUCUCCUCAGCCCUGAGCUUCCUGCUGAGGUCAGCUGAGGUCUACUUAUCUAUUGAGCACCUGCUAUGUACCAGCCACUGGGGGCAGUCAUGGCCAUUGCCCUCCCAUAGUUAAGGGCUAAUGAGAUAUACAUAUUUAUUAAGCAGGUGUUUACAGUAAAGCAUGAUAAGCGCUUUUUAGUAGGAUAAAUCCAGGACUCUUAUCUAAACACAGGGCAGGGGUACCUAACCUGGUCUAUGAGUCUCUAAAGGCUGCCUGGAUGUGAUAUCUCAGUUGAGAUGGAAAAGGCAGGCAGAAGUUAGCCAGCUCAAGGGCAAGAAGGAAGAGAAGAACAUUACAAGCAGAGGUUACAGCACAUACAAUGGCAUGAAGACAAAAGGAUCUGGAGACAUCCCUUUAUCACGAUUCUUCUCUCUGGCAGAAACUGGGUCUCAUAGACCCUGGUUCAGAAGCCAGGACAUGUGUUGGCUCCUUUUUCCUAUUUAUAAUCACUGAGUUGAAUAGCCUGUCUCCGACCCAGAAGACUGGUGUGUCAUAUGGAAAGAGGCAUGUAUGCACACCAAGCAAAGAAUACAUAUUGGAGGCUAGAGGGAUGGUGGUGACUGAAGUGUUCGUGUCCCAUCACCCUGGGGCCCAGGAAAUGGGAAGCUGACAGGAACACAAGCGGGAAUGGGAGGUCUGCCUUCCCAGGCUUCACUGUUCCUCAUUCUCUGUCCCCUCCCCUCAUCAGCAGGCUUGCAGAUGCUAAGCUACUUGAGGACAAUGAAUAUUUGUCAAAUUGUCGAGUUCCUCAGAACUUGACUUCUCUGCUAAUUUUUAUUUUGGC